AUGAGGGUCUGUCCGUCAGACGGCAUGCCAAGCUUCCGACACGUCCAUGUUGGUGUCACUUCAUCCCUGUCCAGGCCUCAGACAUGACUUGGAGUUAUUGUGUCCCAAAUGACACCCUAUUAACUAUAUAGUGCACUACUUUUGACCAGAGCACUAUGGGUCCUGAUCAAAAGUAGUGCACUGAAUAGGGUGUCAUUUGGGACACAGUGAGACAUAGGGCUCUCUCUCGAUCAGGGGCCUAACUCCUGACAUCAAGGCCCUUAGCCCUGACACUGUACGGGCUUCCUCUCAGUCCUGGGUUCAAAUACUGUUUGAAAUCAUUUUUGUAAUUUCAAAUACUGAAAUAUCUGGGAUUUACUGGCACAAUGAGAACAAUAGAAUAGUUGCAUAAGUGCAAACCUCUCACGCACCUGGCAGCUGGCUCUCCAGUUAGACCAGAUCACUCCAGUUAGACCAGAUCACUCCAGUUAGACCAGAUCACUCCAGUUAGACCAGAUCACUCCAGUUAGACCAGAUCACUCCAGUUAGACCAGAUCACUCCAGUUAGACCAGAUCACUCCAGUUAGACCAGAUCACUCCAGUUAGACCAGAUCACUCCAGUUACACUAGAUCACUCCAGUUAGACUAGAUCACUCCAGUUAUACCAGAUCACUCCAGUUAGACCAGAUCACUCCAGUUACACUAGAUCACUCCAGUUAGACUAGAUCACUCCAGUUACACCAGAUCACUCCAGUUAGACUAGAUCACUCCAGUUAUACCAGAUCACUCCAGUUAGACUAGAUCACUCCAGUUACACUAGAUCACUCCAGUUAGACUAGAUCACUCCAGUUAUACCAGAUCACUCCAGUUAGACUAGAUCAAACACUAAAACUAUUUGAAAUAUUUCGAAUAGUACUUGAACCCAGGUCUGUCCCUGAUCUCUGACACUGGGCUUGACUGUCUUUGACGGAUCCCUGAUCCUUUACCCAUGCCCUCUGCUGUCACUGAGAAUAACCAGACCAGAGAACACACACACACACACACACACACACACACACACACACACACACACACACACACACACACACACACACACACACACACACACACACACACACCAGAGAAACACACAGACAGGACACAGUAGAAACAUACUACCACACUAGACCCACAGUAGACGAUCCCAGAGCAGAGACAGGAGGAUGAGUCAGGCUGCAGCACCUGUUGUAGUUUACAUUGAGAGCUCUGAUAUAUUGUUCCAAACAAGACUAACGAUUAAUACCCAUUGAUGGGUGGAUGACCCUGUUGGCUUUGGUCUGAAAAUGCUAGUUUCAAUUCCCGCUGCGGCCACAGUUUAUUUGGUACACCCAUCUAGUACCGGGCCGGACCCCCCUUUGCCUCCAGAACAGCCUGCAUUCUUUGGGGCAUGGAAACAUUACUCAAUUGGCAUCAAGGGACCUAAUUCCCCACACCAUUACACCACCGCCACCAGCCUGUACCGUUGACACCAGGCAGGAUGGGGGCCAUGGACUCAUACUGCUUAUGCCAAAUCAUGACUCUGGCAUCAGCAUGAUGCAACAGGAACUGGGAUUCGUCAGACCAGGCAAUGUUUUUCCACUCCUCAAUUGUCCGGUGUUGGUGAUGGCGUGCCCACUGGAGAGAUUCUUCUUGUUUUUAGCUGAUAGGAGUGGAACCCAGUGUGGUCGUCUGCUGCGAUAGCCCAUCCGUGACAAGGACCGACGAGUUGUGUGUUCCUAGAUGCCGUUCUGCACACCACUGUUGUACUGCGCCGUUAUUUGUCUGUUUGUGGGCCGCCUGUUAGCUUGCGUGAUUCUUGCCAUUCUCCUUCCACCUCUCUAAUCAGCAGAGAUACUGGAUCCGGCGCUCCAGGCACCGACGAUCAUACCAUAUCGCUUAGGUCACUCUUUUUCCCCAUUCUAACGUUCAAAUGAACAGUAACUGAAUGCCUCGAUGCCUGUCUGCCUGCUUUAUAUAACAAGCCACGGCCACGUGACUCACUGUCUGUAGGAGCGAUCCAUUUUCGUGAACGGGAUGGUAUACCUAAUAAACUGGCCACUUAGUGUAUACUUACAACAAGGAACUCACUGUACUGUAAGUCGCUUUUGAUAAACUGUCUGCUAAAAAGCCAUUUGAUUUUAAGGUAGCUAAGCCACUACUAGUCACAUACUAUCCCUCAUUUUACAUUUCUGCUGGUUGUUUCCUAUUGCAUUUCUAUUACCCACUAAACAGAAUCACUAGUCUGACCCACUAAACAGAAUCACUAGUCUGACCCACUAAACAGAAUCACUAGUCUGACCCACUAAACAGAAUCACUAGUCUGACCCACUAAACAGAAUCACUAGUCUGACCCACUAAACAUAAUCACUAGUCUGACCCACUAAACAGAAUCACUAGUCUGACCCACUAAACAGAAUCACUAGUCUGACCCACUAAACAGAAACACUAGUCUGACCCACUAAACAGAAUCACUAGUCUGACCCACUAAACAGAAUCACUAGUCUGACCCACUAAACAGAAUCACUAGUCUGACCCACUAAACAGAAUCACUAGUCUGACCCACUAAACAGAAUCACUAGUCUGACCCACUAAACAGAAACACUAGUCUGACCCACUAAACAGAAACACUAGUCUGACUCGUGUCCAGGAAGCAAAUACUCUUGUGAAGUUACCUUGGUAAGAAAUCAGUAGUCACUUAGCUUCAAAGGGUAUAGGCGAGGGAUAUAUGGGCUAUGAUGUAUAUAUAUAUAUAUAUAUAUAUAUAUAUGAUAUAUAGGCAGUGAGAGUAACUGGAUGCAGUGUACAGAUUGACUACCGGUAGGGUUUACAAGGUAUGGGAAUUGACCCCUGAUUUUGAAGGUUAUUAGCUUUUCCCUGGUAGAUCUGUUAUGCACUGAGACACAAACUGUGGGAUGUUUGUUUUUAAACCAUGCUCAAGACAAUGUUUCCAUGGUACACAAACCUUUACAUUUAUUUUUCAUGUACAGUGCCUUCAGAAAGUAUUCAGACCCCUUGACUUUUUCCGUAUUUUGUUACGUUACAGCCUUAUUCUAAAAUGGAAUAAAUGUUUUUUUUCCGGCAAUCUACACACAAUACCCCAUAAUGACAAAGCGAAAAUAGUUUUUUAGAAAAUGUCGCGCAUUUAUUACAAAUAAAAAACAGAAAUACCUUAUUUACAUAAGUCUUCAGAUCCUUUGCUAUGAGACUCGAAAUUGAGCUCAGGUGCAUCCUAUUUCCAUUGAUCAUCCUUGAGAGGUUUUUACAACUUGAUUGGAGUCCACCUGUGGUAAAUUAAAUUGAUUGGACAUGAUUUGGAAAGGCACACACCUGUAUAUAUAAGGUCCCACAGUUGACAGCGCAUGUCAGAGCAAAAACCAUGCCAUGAGGUCGAAGGAAUUGUCCGUAGAACUCCGAGACAGGAUUGUGUCGAGGCACUGAUCUGGGGAAGGGUACCAAAAACGUUAUGUAGCUUUGAAGGUCCCCAGGAACACAGUGGCAUCCAUCAUUCUUAAAUGGAAGAAGGUCGGAGCCACCAAGACUCUUCCUAGAGCUGGCCGCCCGGCCAAACUGAGCAAUCGGGAGAGAAGGGCCUUGGUCAGGGAGGUGACCAAGAACCUGAUGUUCUGACAGAGUUCUAGAGUUCCUCUGUGGAGAUGGGAGAACCUUCCAGAGCGACAACCAUCUCUGCAGCACUCCAACAAUCAGGCCUUUAUGGUAGAGUGGCCAGGCGGAAGCCACUCCUCAGUAAAAGGCACAUGACAGCCCGCUUGGAGAUUGCCAAAAGGCACCUGAAGACUCUCAGACCAUGAGAAACAAGAUUCUCUGGUCUGAUGAAACCAAGAUUGAACUUUUUGGCCUGAAUGCCAAGCGUCACAUCUGGAGGAAACCUGGCACUGAAUGGAGCAAAGUACAGAGAGAUCCUUGAUGAAAACCUGCUCCAGAGCGCUCAGGACCUCAGACUGGGGCGAAGGUUCAACUUCCAACAGGACAACGACCCUAAGCACACAGCCAAGACAACGCAGGAGUGGCUUCGGGACAAGUCUCUGAAUGUCCUCGAGGGGCCCAACCAGAGCCCGGACAUGAACCCGAUCGAACAUUUCUGGAAAGACCUGAAAAUAGCUGUGCAGCGACGCUCCCCAUCCAACCUGACAGAGCUUGAGAGGAUCUGCAGAGAAGAAUGGGAGAAACUCCCCAAAUACAGGUGUGCCAAGCUUGUAGCGUCAUACCCAAGAAGACUCGAGGCUGUAAAUGCUGCCAAAGGUGCUUCAAAAAAGUACUGAGUGAAGGUUCUGAAUACUUAAUAUAAAUGUGAUAUUUCCGUUUUUUAUGUUUAAAAAAUAUUCUACCAUUUCUAAAAACCUGUUUUUGCUUUGUCAUUGAGGGGUAUUGUGUGUAGAUUGAUGAGAUAAAGUAUUUUAUCAAUUUUAGAAUAAGGCUGUAACGUAACAAAAUGUGGGAAAAGUCAAGGGGUCUGAAUACUUUCCGAAUGCACUGUAUCCUUUAUUCUGGGAAGUCCCAUUAAGAUUGAUAUCUGUUUUUCAAGUUGGCCCUGGACAUUUAGUUUUAUCAACACCAACUCCCUUUGGGGUUUUAGUAAUAAAGAUGUGAUCUGGUGAAGCCUCUUUACUUGUUUCUCCAUCAUUGACCUGAUCAUCAUCGGGUCAGGGCACCCACAUUCUCACAUCCCCUCUCUCCUCUCUCUCCUUCAGCUCAUCGGCUCCAUCAUCGGGCGUCAGGGCACCAAGAUCAAUGAGAUCCGCCAGGCGUCAGGGGCUCAGAUAAAGAUUGGUAGCCAGCUGGACAGCACCAGUGAUAGACAUGUCACCAUCACAGGGACCACCAUCUCUAUCAACCUGGCCCAAUACCUCAUCACCUCCUGGUAAGAGAAAGCUCUGGCACCACCGAGUACAGCACACAAGGAGUAGAGAGGGAGAGGGGAGGGGAGGGAUGGAGAGGAGGGGAGGGGAGAGAGAGGAGGGAUGAGAGUGGGGGAAGGGAGGGAGGGUAGGAGGGGUGUUUUAUUAUCGUUAUGUUCUUUCUUUCUUUUUCUUUUUUGAGCUUUCUUGGGGAUCUCUGGUCUCGGUCUUGGGGCUUCCUUUCCGGAUGUUGCUUUUCUUCCUUUCCUGUGCUGCGAUUUUAGGGGAAGGUAGGGAUCGCUCUUUCAUGUUAGGGGUCUCGCCUCAUGGUCUUCUGAGUGCUCUGACACCUCGACGACACGUCCCCAUCACCAUUCCCUACCUCUCCCAUUAAACCUGACCCAACAUCACCUCCUGUUAAGAGAAAGCAACCUGACCCAACACCACCUCCUGUUAAGAGAAAGCACCACCCAGCAGAUCAACAAUGUAAACAAUAAGACACUAGAUGUGUACAGUACCUUGUAGAGCCAGCACCCAGACCACUUCCUGGCUGUGCUUGAAUUGGGCGGGUACACACCGGUACAGAGUGCUGUAUGAGUCCAACACCUUAUUGAAUUGGGCGGGUACAACACCGGUACGAGUGCUGUAUGAGUCCAACACCUUAUUGAAUUGGGCGGUACACACCGGUACAGAGUGCUGUAUGAGUCCAACACCUUAUUGAAUUGGGCGGGUACGCACCGGUACAGAGUGCUGUAUGAGUCCAACACCUUAUUGAAUUGGGCGGGUACGCACCGGUACAGAGUGCUGUAUGAGUCCAACACCUUAUUGAAUUGGGCGGGUACGCACCGGUACAGAGUGCUGUAUGAGUCCAACACCUUAUUGAAUUGGGCAGGUACGCACCGGUACAGAGUGCUGUAUGAGUCCAACACCUUAUUGAAUUGGCUCUAAAAUAUGACUUCCAGUACUGUCAAAUUCAAAUGAGUACUGGCACCUUUUUCAUUCCACUGGUCAGGUCACAUGAUCAGGAAAGAACCCUGGCCCUAGAUACUCAUGUCUCAAGACUCAAUUCUACUGCUUCAAGAGAUAAUCUUUACACAUUUAUCUUCACAGAUUACAGAUUUGGAAAGGAGUUGUUGUACUGAUGUUGCCAAUUCAUGUCUAAAUUCACCAAUUACUACUGAAUAUUGGGGAGAUAGACCCAUACUAUUAGAAAACUACACUAGCAACACAUUUGCAUUAGGAUACUAAAACUGUCAAGUAUGACAACGAUGCAUUAACACACUGAUUAAAAUAAACCUUCUAUCUUGUGAUGAUUAUUAAUGUUGUGUGACUGCUCUCUGAGGCCCUCUCGCCUCCGAUCAGCAGAGCGACUAGAGCGUUUCACAGUUCACUCACCGUCUCUGUUCCAAGCAUUGCAUCAGACAGUUGAAAGUGCCACAUUUUGAACAUUACCCCGUAACUACGAAGUACGAACAUGUAGGGCCAGAAGGUCAUACCGUAACAUACCGUCAUUCUUCUAACCUAAAAAGCAUAUUAUGGCCAUGCUGAAUUACACGUUGUACAUGUUCUAUUAGUAAUUACAAUAUAUGACAAAUUACACUAGAUUAGUAAUUACACUAUAUUAGUAAUUACACAUUGUAUUCACACAAACAAAACAUUCCCAAUAUGCAAUAUAUAUAUUUAUUUACAUAUUGACAAAUGCAAUAUAUAUAUUUGAAUCUUACAAUAAUAAGGAAAAUCCUAAUGAACUUUGAAUGUAUUUGUUUCCCGUACCGAAACCCCACCCCCAAGCCACCACCCCGACUUAUAGCACCCACUCCCCACAUGACAUCCCUAAAGACCCUCCCUCCAGUAAUCUGUUGCAACCUCCAGCGAAAAACACACAUUUUAUCUCCUUUUAUUUCAUUUCUUUAAUUUUUCUCAAUUUCUUUCUUUAACAUGUAUUUUAUUUAUUUAACCUUCUAACCCGUUUCCAAGGUUUCCCAUCCGGUACUCCCUCCUCCCCUCCCUCCUCCCCUCCCCCCCCUCCUCCCUCCUUUCCUCUUCCCUUUUCCCUCCCCUCCCUCCGCCUCUCUCUUUUCCUUUCCUUGUCCUCCCCUCCCUCCUCCCCUCGUCUCCUUGCCCUCGCCUCACCCUCCCGCCUCCAAACCCCCUCCUUUGCCUCUUCCCCCCCUUUUCCCCGCCGGCACUCCCCCUCCCCUCCUUUCCUCUGUGAACCUUUCCCCCCUCGCCCCCCCUCCCUACGUCCACCUCCUCCCCUCCUCCCCUCCUCACUCCUCCUAGCCUUUAAUCAUCCCUCCUCCUGCCUGCUGCCCCUCGCUUCUCUCCCUUCCGCCUCCCCUCCUCCUCCUCCUCCUCCUCCUCCCUCCUCCUCCUCCUCCUCCUCCUCCUCCCUCCUCCUCCUCCUCCUCCUAUCCCCCCUGUGCAGUUUAGAGACCGCCAAAUCCACCGCCCAGUCUUCCUCCAUGUCGACCUCUGCUGACCUCACCAUGACCUACACCCAACCGUCCUCCCCCUCCCCCCGCCUCCUCCUCCUCAGCCGCUGCCACCCUGGCUGCAAUGGGCUGCCCCGGCAUGUCCCACCACAACCCCCACGCUGCAGUCCCCAUGAUGGGCAACCCCUAUGGGGCCCUCUCCCUCUCCAGCCUCCUCGGAAUGCAAUCCAUGAAAUCCCUCCAAUCCAUGCCCUACCUGGCUUUAUCCAACCCUGCCGCCAACGCAGCAGCCGCUCAGGCUCAGGCUCAGGCUCAGGCUCAGGCUCAGGCUCAGGCUCAGAUCUACACGGCGAAGAUCUCUUCC